GCGAACGAACAGCAAAAGGUAACACAAAAAAAACACGCGUCGAAAAGAAUCAUCAAUAAGGAAAAUUUCAUAUAACUAACAUUUAGCAAACAAAUAGUGCCGAAUGCUUACUGUAUACGAACAACAAAAGUAUUACUGUUUUCAAAUAAAUAUAAGAAAAGCUUUAAUAACAAUACUGUGUUAACAAUGAAGUGAAAUAGGAAUUUUACGCCGCAACUGCUUUAAACAAUUUUAUAAUGCAAUUUUGCACAAACUAAGACUUAAUAAAUAAUAAGGAUUUCGGAAGAUACGGCAUGUUAUUAGGCUUGAACGAGCUAACCACAACACGGCGACUUUUAUUUAUUGUGGCUGUACUGCUGAUUGUACUAUAUGCAAAGAACAAUAUACUACCCAUAUUGGGAGUCGCAUUGGACAGAGAUUAGCUGGUAGCUGAUAUAAGGAUGACUGAUAGACGAGUUUCAUAUUUUUACAAUGCCGAUGUGGGCAAUUUCCAUUAUGGAGCGGGGCAUCCAAUGAAGCCACAACGCCUGGCCGUCACUCACAGCCUGGUCAUGAAUUAUGGAUUGCACAAAAAGAUGAAAAUUUAUAGACCAUACAAAGCUAGUGCACAGGAUAUGCUGCGGUUUCAUAGUGACGAAUACAUCGCAUACCUGCAGCAAGUGACUCCACAAAAUAUUCAAUGCAAUUCCGUCGCCUAUACUAAGUAUUUGGCACACUUUAGCGUGGGGGAGGACUGUCCCGUCUUCGAUGGACUCUUCGACUUUUGCGCAAUGUACACGGGCGCUUCCCUUGAGGGCGCACAGAAACUAAACCACAACCACAGUGACAUAUGCAUCAAUUGGUCGGGUGGACUGCAUCAUGCCAAGAAAUUUGAGGCAUCCGGAUUUUGCUACGUCAACGAUAUUGUAAUUGGCAUUCUAGAGCUGCUGAAGUAUAAUCCGCGAGUUCUCUACAUCGAUAUUGAUGUGCAUCAUGGCGAUGGAGUACAGGAAGCAUUCUAUUUAACGGAUCGCGUAAUGACAGCAUCCUUUCACAAAUAUGGCAAUUACUUCUUUCCGGGCACUGGUGAUAUGUAUGAGAUUGGCGCCGAGUCUGGUCGCUACUACAGCGUUAAUGUGCCUCUCAAAGAGGGUAUCGAUGAUCAUAGCUAUUUUCAAGUGUUCAAGCCAAUCAUUUCAGCGAUUAUGGACUUCUAUCGACCUACAGCAAUUGUGCUACAAUGUGGCGCCGAUUCAUUGGCUGGCGAUCGUCUUGGCUGUUUCUCGCUAAGUACUCGCGGCCAUGGAGAAUGUGUUAAGUUUGUAAGGACGCUAAAUGUGCCCACAUUGGUUGUGGGUGGCGGUGGUUACACUUUGCGAAACGUUGCACGCUGUUGGACACACGAAACGUCGCUUCUAUUGGAUCAGGAAAUCUCAAAUGAUUUGCCUCCAACUGAGUACUAUGAUUUCUUUGCACCUGACUUCACAUUACAUCCGGAAGUCAAUUCGCGACAGGACAAUGCUAACUCCAAACAAUAUAUGGAACUGAUCGUAAAACAUGUGUACGAAAAUCUAAAAAUGUGCCAGCACUCGCCAAGCGUGCAAAUGGUUCAAACACCGCGAGACGUUGACCUCGAGGAGCUGCGUAUGAGAGAGGAAACAGAUCCAGAUGUGCGCAUGUCACAGGCGGACGAAGAUAAAAUGGUCGAUGCAAAGAACGAGUUUUACGAUGGCGAACAUGAUCACGACAAACCCGAUUCAGUGGAAAGUUAAUACUUAUACACAAUAG